UCGAUAAGUAAACAUGCACAUACAUAUGUACAUGCAUAUACAUAUUACAUUAAUUGUGCAAGUGUCAAGUUCAAGUUCAUAUUUUAAUUGACAAUUUCCUGUCGAAUUACAUAAACAACAAUCUUGCAGUUUUAGAUUGUUUGAACCUACGCACGUUUCUUUUCCACAAUGCUAAAUAUAAAUCCGCUUUUAUAUUGGCAAUUGGUUUCUUUAAAGUCAGAGAGUACUUAAUUCAAUUUAGCAAGUGUUUGGAAUUUGCAAUACAUAAUGGAGGAGAUUACACCAAUUCCAGAAUGGCACACUCCAGUCACAGAAACUAUGAAAAUUGUGAUUCUUAUUGUUUGCAUAUUGGGAAUUUUUACAAACUUCCUCUGCCUCUGUGUUCUCUUAAGGAAAAGGAUGAAAUCCUCGUUUAAUACGAUUCUCCUCGGACUCACGAUUUUUGACUUGCUCCUCCUCUCAAAAGGGGUGUUCACGUCACUUAACCAGUUAACUAACUACACGUGGCCCUUAAACCAAACCGUUUGGGCACCACGAGCCCUCUUUUUCCUGUCCUGGCUGUGCGAUUCUGGGACAAAGUACUUCACCGUGGGCGUGUCCCUUGAGCGAUAUGUCGCCAUCUGCCACCCCCUCCGGGCCAGAAGCCUUCUUACCAACAAAACAUCCCGAAUCUUUGCGGCCGCGCUCUCCCUCUACGUGCUCGCCCUGUCCGCGACCAACUUCUAUUUGAGAUUUUAUUCGAACGGAUUGCUAACCGAGAAAGAAAUGAACAUUGUCAAAGCCGUGUUUCUCAACUUUGGACCGUUCAUUGCCAUUUGUUUGUUAAAUGUCGCUAUUUAUGCGAGGCUACAAAAAUCCAAGAAACUUCGAAAAUCAUCCGAACCCACCAAGUCACCCCCGAUGUCAUCCGCCGUGACGAGGAUGCUUCUCACGGUCGUGGUCGUGUUCGGAUUCUGUUACAGUUUUGAAUGUACGCGAAGAAUUAUCGGCUACUUCAUCCCCCUGGAUUUGGACCACAACAAUUUCCACUUUUUCCUCAACCUGCUCGCCGAUUUCUUUUACGUGGUCAACUCUUCCGUCAACUUUUUAAUUUAUUACCUUCUCGGUAAAAAAUUCCGGGCCGAAUUCCUCACAGUAUUUGCAUGUUCCCUGCCCCACAAGAAGGGGGGCAUCAUGGAAAACGGAAAACAAGUCAAAACGGCCCAAGCAACAUCUUCAACGGGAGACACAACAUCUACCGACGCCUCAACGAAUACGAAUAUGGUCCUGCAAUAAGUUGCAAAAAUAUUUUGCAAUUACGCGAUUUUAUUAAACUUAAUUAAUUUAUAAGUUAUUAUGCUUUCAUUAAUUUUAACUACAUAUACAUUUAAAUAAUUUUAGUAUCUUUUGUCAUUAAAUUUCUUCAAUAUGCUAACACGCUUUUAUAAAUAUUUCAGAGGUGGGCAAGAUCAUCAUCUCAGAUAGCAGAUCAAGAUCAAGAUCAUCUUGAUCUUUGAUCUUCGGCUAGAGCUUUUGAUCUUGAUCUUGAUCUUGAUCUAGCUCGGUAAGAUUUCCUAUCUUGAUCUUGCUCUUCAAGUUCAAGAUCAAAUCCCAAAUAUGAAAAGUAGAAUUUUGAAACAUCGAUAUAUUUUUUUUAAAAUAGCGCCUUGGUCCAUUACUCAAAGUACAUUCAAGGAAACGAAAAACACUCGUACGGGAUUUAAUUUUUUUUACUGAUUAAUGGAACCAGUUCUUCAAACGGCGAUCUAUUUCUUAAAUGCCAAUAUUGUUAGCCCGCCAACAAAUUAGGUCAAUUUUUGACGACCUGAUACUUCAACUAUUACUUUAAUUGACCAAGAAAUGAAGUAUAAGGGCAACUUAAAACAUCAGAGCAAAUGUUUUGUUAUGUAUUGUAUAACUAUACCAAAUUAUUUAUAACAACGUUGACGCUGUCAGCUAUUAAUAACUAAAAUUGGUCACACAACCAAUUUUCGUUACUUGGCUUAUUCCAUGCGUGGCUAUCAAUUUGAGAAAAGUCAUGGGAAGAUGAGACGACACAUAUCACCCCAAACAAAGUGGUGGUGGUGGUCAAAAAGAGAGCGGCAUGAGAAGUGCCGUACGUUCUCCCCAAUCAAUUCAAAGCUCGAGUCAGAAAGAGAGAAAAUAUGUGUUGUAUGGUGUCGUGCAUAUGCCACUGAGAUUGGGAACAUUCGCAGUAUCUUUGCAAAUGUUUCCAGCCAGCUAAGAGUUCAGAUUAUUUUACACAGCAAAGCAAUACAAGUAUAUGUAUAAAAUUCUGACUCAGAAAAACUCUUAUAACUUUCUGCCGCCAGCGAUUGGGAAACUAAUUUUUUUGGCAUUAAAUAACAUAUUAAAAAAGGCACACGACAAAAUAUUCAAAACUUUCCCAAUCGGUGGCGGCAUAUGUUUAAAUUGGGUUUCAAAAUUGCAUUUAAAACGGUUUUGUUUUCAGAACUUCGAAAAUCUGAAAGCAUCAUGUGCAACGAAUUUGCGGAUAAGAUCUUUGUAAAUUACGCCUACUAAACCAACAAUUACAGUUUUUAUAAUAUUUAUGAAUUUUGAACAGUUUUUAAUUUCUUUCAAACUAGAAUAUUUCCAAAAAUUUUCGAAAUAAAUUAAAGCGGAGAAACACGUCAAACUUAAAUUUUUGUGCCCCAUCAUCAUGAUUUUUUAUAAAAUUCUUGACAAUUUCAUGCCGGACUCGAUUUGAUAGUUUCACUUAGAAUAAGCCUACUUAUCUAGUAUUUGUAGUGUGCACAGUGCACACUACAUACGUAUAUUACACCUAGUUGUAUUUAUCGGCUUAUGUAUAAAAAAUAUUUGCAACAUAUCUGGAAUUUAUUUGAUCUUGUGAUCUUGAUCUUAAUCUUGGAUUUGAUCUUGAUCUUGAUCUUUUAUCUUUAUCUUGAUCUUUAUCUUGUGGGGCACAAAAAUUGAUCUUCAUCUUUUAUCUUGAUCUUGGAAAACUUUGAUCUUGCCCACCUCUGAAAUAUUUACAUCUCUUAUGUAAAAAUGCCACGAAAAAAAUUUGCAAUUUUGCAAUAUAUUUAUGUAUGUGUGAGGAA